AUGCCUCGCAACGGAGACGGAUCCUCGGACAACGGCCCCAUCGACGCGGGCGAGAUUGUGCAUGGCGCUUCCGGAGACGCCACCCUCCAGCACACGCAGAAGGUCGCGCCCAUGCCUGAAGGCGAGAAGGGCGCCGCCAUAGAUGGCAUGAACGCAUCCGGUGGCGGUUCCGCAGGUACCAGCCAGGGCGCCCACGCCCAGGACAGCAACAAGCCCCCCGUCGUCGACCAGGCCACCAAGUCGUAA